CGCAGCCAUUUGAUCUUCCGCGUGCCCAGGUGGCGCAUCAAGCACGGUGAAAUCAUCUACCCUCUUCUCCUCAUAAGGCAUUUGUAAGGAGCAGAAUUCCUCAAGCCUGCCGCCGGCCAUGAAACAGACGAACCCCGGACGAAGUUGAUAACCGUUGGACCGAUCGUCCGCCAUGGAUGCCAUUCAGAAAGAGCAUGACAAGGUGUGGAACAACAGCAAGCAGUCGAAGACCCUCCAAAAUGUCGACGACAUUAUCAAGCAGCUCCAAAGGGCGCGGGACGCCAUUGCCGAAGAUCCUAAUUCAAGACAAAUCACUCUUGCGAAACUGCAAAACCCGGUCAAGACCUCCUUUGACGGCAUAUUCACUGGCCUAAAAGACACGCAUGGGCUGCACAACAAGUAUACGAGAGCCUUGGAUAAGGUCUUUAAGGAGAAAGUCCCCAGCAAUGAGAUCGACGCACUGUCUGCCCAUCCUACACUCAUCAACCGAGCCAUAUAUUUACACUUGCUCAGAGAAGGACUGUUUGAUGUGGCCUCGACGUUCCAUACCGAAGCAAUGGAGCGACAAAGAAUGCAGCAAGAGACAGCGGCUCAUCUGGGCUUGGACAUCUCGAUGGAGCAUCCUUUGGGUCUUGAUAAGAGCUCGGAAGAAAACAUGCAAGAGCAGUUCUCCAACAUGUACCAUAUCCUCAGCGAGCUGAAGGACAACCACAAUCUCCAACCAGCUAUCGACUGGGCACGGUUCAACGCGGCAGCGCUGGAGGCACGUGGGAGCAAUCUAGAAUUCGAACUCUGCAGGUUACAAUUUGUCAGCCUCUUCAUGGAGCAGCGAGACGAAGACCAACAUGAAUUCGCCGGGCCGAUGCGGGCUCUGCAGUACGCUCAAACGGAGUUUCAGUCUUUUCGAGGAAGAUACCUGGUAGAAAUACAGCAGCUCAUGGGAGCCAUCCCAUUCUGCUCCAAUCUGGCAGAGUCGCCCUACAACAUCAGAUUCAACAAUUGCACGGCUUGGGACGAGGUUGCUACCUCUUUUACCCGCGAGUUCUGCUCUUUGCUCGAGCUGUCGGCAGACUCGCCACUAUACGUGGCUGCAACUGCCGGAGCCAUCGCCUUGCCGACGUUGAUGAAGCUGCAAACAAUACAGAAACAGAAGCGAACAGAAUGGACGUCACAGAACGAACUGCCCGUCGAGACACCAUUACCUCCUUCCUACCGGUUUCAUUCUAUCUUCGUUUGUCCGGUCUCCAAGGAGCAGUCAACAGAUCAAAAUCCUCCAAUGAUGCUACCGUGCUGCCAUGUCAUCGCACAGGAGUCUCUGCAAAAGCUCAGCAAGGGCGCCAAAUUCAAGUGCCCGUACUGCCCAAUAGAGAGUCACCCCAAAGAAGCGAAAAGAGUCUUCUUGUGAGGAAUGUAUGGUUUGCAGACACACUGCGUAGGGAGUAUACGCAAGGCAGCCCUUGUGCUGGAACUUCCCUCUCACUUACGGAGUAUGGAGUAUAUAUGUCUUAAUGUCAUCAAGUCAUCUCAACGAUUCAGUGCCAGAUAUAGGGAUAUAGGCUUACCAAGGGCACAAAGCCCAGCUCUACACGCUGAUUAGGCGCCGCUUGCUCGAGGCUUAUGCCAGGAACAAACUCGCUAAUUGAAAGCCUACCCUUUCCGGAUUUUUAAUGCAGGUGCAAAUGCUUGACUAGCGGUCUGGGGUCCGAACAAGCCGACCGAAGCCUCAUGUUUCAUCUUCUUUCUGGUCCCCACUGAUAUGCAAAAGCUACACACCCUCUUCUUGAGAUUCUCGCUCUUCCCGGUCGAAGACCGUCGGUACGAGUAGCGGCGCCAGAUGAGUUUGGCUUUUCUUGGUCGUGGGGUCGUCCAUCAGUAUACGACUCAUAUGGCAGCCUGCCAUGUGUCACACUCGGUACGUUGCACACACCGGCGCACCAUGCAUUUCGCGAUGGUACCUGUGGCGUGAUGCAACACUUGGUCUUCGACUAUCACAGAGCAUCCGAUGUGAUGUGCCAGGCCGGGAGAUGGGCUCAGGUGGCGAAAAUGCACAUGCAGUUUGCUUCGGCUGCCAGAACGAGGGCAGUGUGGGUGGCUGGGCACUAUGUAGCUUCAUACCCAUGUAGGCCCCCGGGUUUCUGGGCUGAGGCAGACCUGGG